GGGAGAAACUCCAGAGCCUCUUCCAAGAUGCUGGUGGUCCUGUUUACAGUGGUCCUGCUGGCCCUGAGCUCUGCUCAGGAACCCNGAGAAGAACUACAGAACCAAAACCAGAUCCCUAUUCAAAGGCCACCUCCUCCAGGAUUCCAACCAAGACCACCUGCUGAGGGGAGCCAGCAAGGACCACCUCCACCAGGAGGCCCACAGAACAGACCCCCUCAAGGGCCACCUCCACAAGGAGGCCCACAGAACAGACCCCCUCAAGGACCACCCCCACAAGGAGGCCCACAGAACAGACCCCCUCAAGGCCCACCCCCACAAGGAGGCCCACAGAACAGACCACCUCAAGGUCCACCACCACCAGGAGGCCCACAGAACAGACCCCCUCAAGGCCCACCCCCACAAGGAGGUCCACAGAACAGACCCCCUCAAGGCCCACCUCCACAAGGAGGCCCACAGAACAGACCCCCUCAAGGCCCACCACCACCAGGAGGCCCACAGAACAGACCCCCUCAAGGACAACCCCCACAAGGAGGCCCACAGAACAGACCACCUCAAGGUCCACCACCACAAGGAGGCCCACAGAACAGACCCCCUCAAGGCCCACCACCACAAGGAGGCCCACAGAACAGACCCCCUCAAGGCCCACCCCCACCAGGAGGCCCACAGAACAGACCCCCUCAAGGCCCACCCCCACCAGGAGGCCCUCAGCAAACACCACCUCUGCCUGGAAACACACAAGGCCCACCACAAGACAGACCUCAGGGACCUCAGUAA